AUAUAGUUUUAAUGCAGUCGACAGAACAUACACUCUAGGCCUGCUUUCUUUUUUGUUGCGGCUUUGUAAACAAUUAAAACAGAGCUCUACCCAAACUGCCGAACGUGUGUGAGUUCGAGAAUGAGGCUAAGAAUUUAAAUGAUGGUUUUACUAGAAUCAUAUGGGACCUAGACAAUGACAUUCCCCAGUUUAAGGCAACUUCGACUGAUUGAAUGUUUGAAACUUUAUCAUAUCUCAGCAUGACAGAAGUCGUCGUGGAAAACUUUAUCGGUGGGGAGUUUGUCAAAUGCGAUCGUCUGCUGGACAGUUUCGAUCCGUCAACGGGAGAAGUGUGGGCAAAGAUACCUGACAGUGGCAGUGGUGAAGUGGACGAUGCUAUCCGUGCGGCGAAGGAUGCAUUUCCAGGAUGGUCAGGAACGCCUCUCAAGCAAAGAUCAGCUAUAAUGAUGAAGGUCGCCGACAUCCUCGAGUCCAAGCUGGAUGAGUUUGCGGAGCUGGAGUCACGUGACCAGGGUAAGCCCGUCUGGUUGGCUAGAGCUGUUGACAUCCCACGGGCCAUCCUCAACAUGAGGUUUUUCGCAACGUCCAUGCUUCAUGAACUCAAUAGCUCUAGUAUUCUGGAGCCGGUAGGAGCCCUCAAUUACACCAUGCGUUACCCAGUGGGUGUGGCUGGCCUCAUCACCCCGUGGAACCUCCCCCUCUAUCUCCUCACCUUCAAGGUUGCUCCAGCGAUAGCAGCCGGCAACACCGUCGUGGUGAAGCCCAGCGAGAUGACCUCUGUGUCAGCCUGGGCAUUAUGCAAGGUCUUCAAAGAUGCAGGUGUGCCUUCAGGUGUGGUGAACAUCGUGUUUGGGCGUGGCCAGAGCGCUGGGGAAGCUCUGGUCAAACACCCGGAUGUGCCCCUCAUCUCCUUUACGGGCGGGACUGUCACUGCAGAGAAACUACGACUGGCAGCUGCCCCGUUCUGCAAGAAAAUGUCACUAGAGUUAGGAGGUAAAAACGCAGCGGUUAUUUUCAAAGAUGCAGAUUUGGAUCAGUGCAUUCCUACUACAAUCAAGUCAUCUUUCAUCAACCAGGGGGAAGUUUGCCUCUGUACAAGUCGUAUAUUUGUCCAGCAGGAGAUUUACAAGACAUUCGUUGAAAAGUUUGUGACAGCUGCUAGGGCCAUCAAAGUGGGGGAUCCCAGGAAAGCUGAGUCAUGGAUGGGUGCCCUAAUCAGCAAAGAUCACCUGGCUAAGGUCAAAGGUUAUGUGGAGGUAGCCAGAGCGGAAGGAGCCACCAUUUUGUGUGGAGACGGUGUAGAAGAAUUAGAACUGGAGGAGAGGAAUCGACAUGGCUAUUUUAUGAGGCCAACAGUCAUAACUGAUGUGAAAGAUGAUUCUCGUUUGAUGAAAGAGGAAAUAUUUGGGCCAGUCACUUGUAUUGUCCCUUUUCAGACGGAGGAAGAGGUCAUUCGACGAGCCAAUGACGUGAAGUACGGUUUGUGUGCCACAGUGUGGACGAAGGACAGUCGCUGUUUACAUCACGUGUCUCAGAAACUACAGGUGGGGACAGUGUGGGCAAAUUGCUGGCUGGUACGAGACCUGAACAUGCCAUUUGGAGGAACAAAAUCUUCAGGGUUAGGACGAGAAGGUGCUAAGGAGUCACUGGAGUUUUACACCGAAGUGAAAACAAUUUGCCUAAAGCUUUAGCAUCAUCCAGCAUACUGUAUAUGUCAGACCUGUCAGUGAAAUCUCACGUGAUUAAGGGGUCAGAUCUUCAAAUGUUCUGCAUAUUCUCCGUAAACAAACAGGCGAUCUGAUUCUCAUUUACUGACAGUCAGAGAACAGACAACAGAUAUGCAGACACAAUCAGGCAUAUAGAACUUCACACAGAAGACAGACAAACAGACAUAUAGAACUUCACACAGAAGACAGACAAACAGACAUGGAACUUCACACAGAAGACAGACAAACAGGCAGACACAUACAGACACAAUCUAACGGACAGAGGGACAGACAGAGAACAGACACCGAAAUAGACAGACACCUAGACACAAUCAGGCAAAUGGAAUAUCACACAGAAGACACACAAACAAACAGACACAAUCCAACAGACAUACUGAUGGACAGACAGGGAACAGACACUGAAAUAAACAGACAUGCAGACACAAUCAGACCUAUAGAACAUCACACAGAAGAAACACAAAUGAACAGACACAUACAGACACAAUCUAACAGACAUAGCGACAGACAGAGAACAGACACUGAAAUAGACAGGUGCAUGCAGACACAAUCUAACAGACCAACGGACAGACAUACAGACACAAUCAGACAUGGACAUAUAGGCCGUCACACAGAGACAGAUAGACAGAUGAACAGACGCAUGUAUAAUCUAACAGAUAUAGACAAGUUGACUGGCAGACAGGUGUAAAGACAGUAAGACAGACCACCUAGUUUUCUUUCAGAUAUUUUACACAAGAAUGGUCAGUGCCAUGACCUGUUCUGAAAUCUUUGCCAUGCUGUCUUUUGUAAUGAGCUUACAGUCCAGUAACCUUCCAGAGCUUGGCAAGGGAGGUAACUUUUCCUGCGUAGAGUAGGUAAAUUGGUCCUAAGCUGUGUGAAGUCCAUUAUCUCUUGUUCAUUCCUCCCGUUGCAAUAAUAUUCUUUUGGUGGCAAAACUGGCAACAUACUUCUGAUUCAUUGCGUAUUCAUUGAGUCGCCAUUGUGCAGGAAAAUUUGUCCUGUGCAUUAUGUAUGGUUAUCUUAAUAUGUUAUAGAACAAACGAUUGAGUGCAUUGUAAGAAUUUUGUUUCCAUGGUAACCAAGAUGUCAUGUUAGAGUUAUAAUAACCUGUGCAAUUUUAGUAGGCUUUCUUGUAGGCCCGAUUAUGAUUUUCAUAUUGUUCAUUAAGGUAUACACGUAUUAGCCUUAUUCACUAAAAUAAAUAAUACUAGUAUUAUAUAAUAAUAAUAAUAAUAAUAAUCAUAUUGCUAGUUUAUUAUUAUUUAGCGCAUUACCUGAUGUCCACAUACAUUUAGGAGGUGACAUGGACUGAAGGUCACAAACCAGAUAUAUGAUACCUUGAAUUUUAAGAAAACCUACGCUUAAUUCUUCAAGUAUCUUCAACAGCCUCUGCAACCAGUAUUUUUAAACAUUCUAAGAGAACUUUGGGGUGUUGAGAAAAAAUUUCUCUUUACAGUUUUAAGAAGCUUGCAUCUUCAUUGAGACAAACUAGUCGUUUUUAGCAUCAUUUUGUAAUAAUUGUUUUCAUAAACUCCUGUGAAAACUGCGUUUGAGUGGUUGCAAAGGUGAUAAUUUACAGUACGUAUGUACAUGUACAUGUUCUAAUCAAUGCAUACAUGUAAGCUGGUAUAAAGUUAUCAUUAGGGUCAUUUAUGCCUGGCCGGCUGUACAUUGGAAGGUCUGUCAGCCACCUGCAGAUGGUCAUGAGUUUCCCCCAGGCUCUGCGGUUUCCUCCCACUGUAAUGCUGGUCGCCGUCGUAUAAGUGGAAUAUUUUUGAGUACGGCAUGAAACACCAAUCAAAUGAAUAAAUAAAUAAAUCAUUUGUGCCUGGAAAUUUUUGUUGGUGCUAGUGCUAAAUGUUACAUUUUGCAUGUUGAUCCAUGGAAAAAAUGGAAAAUGGAAAUUGUGUUAUGUUUAGGUGUGAAGGUGACAAUCUGAUUUGAUGUUUUUCUUUUUGUUGAUAUGCAUUUAUGAUAUAUCGUCUUUUUUUUUUAAACUUUGUUUGGCCACACCAAGUUUAAUUGUUGUUAUACAGGCAGAAUAUAUCUUUUAUGAGUGUCGGGUGGAAGAUAAAAAAAAUAAUUUGUGGAAAGUGAGGACUAUCCCUGGUAAUUAUUCCUGUUCAUGACAUGUUUAACAAGGUCAGGACGGACUUGAAAAAGGAACAUUUAAAAAAAAACAUCAUUCAAGCUCGGACAAAAUGAAAAGAUAGCUUUUCAGUUUUAUAUUUAUUUCAUUCUUUGAUAUUUUAGUGUCGGCUCGCUCGUGAAACAUAAAAAAAAAUAGGCCUGCUCUGAAUUAACUGAACGAGAGAUUAGCUUUUAGGGCGUGAAACUACGAGAAGUAUGUGGGACCUCGCCUACGAAAGCAGGCCGUAUGUAGUUGGGGGAGGACAGUCAAACAUUUUCUAGGCAACAAAAAGUGAAAAAAAACGGGUAUCAGUCUUUGUGAGUUGCAGAGAGUUCUUGAAUGAAGUCCAUGUUUUGCAGCUUUUGAUUUCACCUAUGUUGUCUAUUAUUUAAUUACAGACAACAUUUUAAAAUUACUUCCAAAUGGAUUAAAACAUAUGUUUUAAUGUUUAUACUGGGCUUUCUGAAGAAGCUUGCAAAAUUAAACUCUGUCUAAAAGCUAGAUCUUCAACUAGCUUAUACCAUUCUAACUACAAAACUUACCACUAGCCAAUUUUUGAGGUCCCACCUAACCACAGUUUACUCCUAAAAACACACCUUUAAGAUGGGAGAAUGACCUCAAGGGAGUUAAUUCCGUGCAGCCCUAUUGGUGUUGCGUUAGCAUUUUAUAAUUGUAAUAGAUCAUGUGAUCAUCCACAUGUCCUUGUCACUAUAAAAUGCGCUACACAAAUGUUGUAGUGUUCAUUUGGGGAAAUUAGACUGUUCUGAUCACCUUCUGUUUAACAGAAUGUGGAGACCACUGCCUAACACUGCCCACCUCAAAGAUCCCAUGUGUCUAAGAGUACCCGCAGUUCCUCAUUGUAAUGCUAUGUAAGCUACAUUCUAGUCAGUCUUGAAGUGUGGGUCCAUUGUGGUUUAAUUACCCAAUUCUUCAACAAUCUCAACCACCUACUGUAUGCAAACAAUAUUUUGAAAUAUUCCUAGAGAGCUAUGAAGUGUAGUGAAAUAAUUCGCACAGUUUUGUAUCUUAAAUGGCACGAGCAAUUCAUUUUUAGCAUCUUGAUUUUCAGAAUAAUUGUAUGCAUAAAUUCCACUGAAAAAAGUGCUUUAGUAGUUUUAAAAGGUUGGAAGAUUUACAGUAUGUUUGUUACACAGUUCAUUACAGUUUGCAUAGUAUUACAUACACAUGCAUUCAUGAUUUUUGUAUUGUUUAUUAUAUACACUUGAACUUUUUAGUCUUGUAUAAAAUAAAAUUUAUUUUUG